CUCUCACGGGAAUUUACGCUUUUAUUUGUUAUUUUUUUUCUUACAUGGCAGCAGCAUUGAGUCUAGAAGACAACUUAUUUAACGAAUCCGCUGGACUGGUGCCUUCCUAUUGAGACGCAAGAAGCAUAGACACAAGCCUGCAUCUGAGCGCACAACACCAGCUUCUAUCAUCAAAACAAACAACACAGAAACUUGCAUGUGCAGGAAUCCUAGUACUCGACCUGGAAAGAAGGUAUGGGAUACCCGGGCAGAGCAGUGAGCGGAUGGAAAGGAUGGACGCUCAUGGUUUGGGUCGCCGCUGUCAGCUUGGUUUUGGCAGACGGACGGAGAGUGAGACCGCCCAGAUGCCCCGUUGGAUGUACCUGCACCAAAGAUAAUGCCCUGUGUGAGAAUGUCCGAUCCGUGCCUCACACUUUCCCAUCCGACGUCGUUUCACUAUCUUUUGUCAAGUCUGGAUUUAAUGAAAUCAUUGAAGGAAGCUUUGUUCACACGCCGGCCCUGCAACUGCUAUUGUUCACAGCGAAUUCAUUUGACCUAAUUGAUGAGGAUGCAUUCCUGGGUUUACCACAUCUUGAAUAUCUAUUUAUUGAAAAUAACAAAAUUGCAUCGAUAUCCCCAUAUGCCUUUCGGGGCCUGAAAGCGCUGAUACAUCUGAGUCUGGCUUACAACAACCUUGAGACAUUGCCCAAAGAUGUCUUCAAGGGAAUGGAUGCUUUGACCAAAGUGGAUCUACGUGGCAACAACCUAAUAUGUGACUGCAAGCUUAAGUGGUUGGUGGAAUGGAUGCAUCACACUAAUGCCACCCUGGACCAGAUCUACUGCAGCGGUCCACCCAUUUACCAGGGGAAGAAGAUCAAUGACCUGCUGCCACACUCUUUCGACUGCAUCACAGCAGAGUUUGCCUCCUAUCAGUCGCUGAAGUUUGAGUCAAUUUCGGUGGGGGCCUUCACCUUUGACGAGGAUCAGUAUGUUGUGUUUGCACAACCGUUUGCUGGGACGUGCAGCUUCCUGGAAUGGGACCACGUUGAGAUGACCUUCAGGACUUACGACACCAUUGAAAGCACCUCCACUGUGGUCUGCAAGCCCAUGGUGAUUGACAACCACCUUUUUGUCAUCGUGGCCCAGUUGUUCGGAGGCUCACACAUUUACAAACGCGACCCCUCUGCCAACAAGUUCAUCAAGAUCCAGGACAUAGACAUCCUGAAGAUUCGCAAACCUAACGACAUCGAGACAUUCAUGAUCGACGGAGAGUCUUUUUUUGUCAUCGCUGACAGCUCCAAGGCCGGCUCCACAACAGUGUACAAAUGGAACGGCAAUGGCUUCUACUCCCACCAGUCACUCCACCCGUGGUUCCGAGACACGGAUGUAGAAUAUUUGGAGAUCUCCAACAAACCCCACCUGAUCUUGUCCAGCAGCUCACAGAGGCCCGUUGUCUACCAGUGGAACAGGAGCCAGAAACAGUUUGACCGCAGGACCGACAUACCAGAGAUGGAGGACGUCUUCUCUGUCAAACACUUCCGGGUCAAAGGUGAGCUGUUUAUAUGCUUGACAAGAUUCAUCGGGGACUCCAAGGUGAUGCGCUGGGACGGUGCCAUGUUUAAGGAGGUCCAGACAUUUCCUUCCCGUGGCUCCAUGGUGUUCCAGCCUGUCUCCAUCGGCAACUGGCAGUAUGCCAUCUUGGGCAGCGAUUAUUCACUGACGCAGGUCUACCAAUGGGACACAGAGAGGGGCCAGUUUGUCCCAUCUCAGGAGCUGAAUAUCCAGGCGCCUCGAGCAUUUUCUAUGGUUUCCAUUGACGACCGGGUGUUUCUGCUCGCAUCCAGCUUCAAGGGAAAAACUCAGAUCUAUGAGCACCUUAUGAUCGAUUUGAGUAAUUAAAACCCAUCGUCUUAUUUGGGACAAAUUAUGUUCACUACCAUUUGAAUGCUUUCUUCUGUGAUUGUGUUGAACAUGUCAGUCCUAUUAGAAUUCACCAGCAAGUCCCAAUUUUAAACAAAAGGACGUUUUAAGCAGAAGCUCAAAAAAAUAUUUCAAAUACAGUUCAGACUCUUUAAAUUGAGAUUAAGUGGUUGACAUUUGUUAUGAUCAACGAGUGUAUGUUAAGACCUCUGACACCAUUUUCAUUACAUUGAAACUAUAUUCUACACAGUGUUUGGCAACCUGCUGCAACUACUUUAUUUUGAUAAUCUCCAUGUAUUUUCAUCUGUUUGGAAAUGCCUUAUUCUCCAUUUGAUAAACCUAAUUCCACCCAGAGUGCGAACUGACUAUCGUUCAGGAAAAAGAAAGCUAUAAAAUCAGUGCUUUUGUAUUUUAAUCACCACUGCAGGUGUACUUGCAGUUUUUAGACAUACAAUAUAUGUCUCUGCAAUUCAACUCUAUACAAUUUUAUUUCUAUUAUAGGAAUUUGAUAGGAAAGAUAUAGGAAUGUGGUAGUGCUUGUGACCAUGCAAUAAUAGGAAAACAUUCUUGAAAAAAAUGAAAAAACUAUGGACACAUUAGACAUUUUUUCUUAAUUUAAGUCUUCUUUAUUUAACAAAGCAUUUCAGGAAAAUUCACAUCAGAGUAAAAUGUCAUAAAAGAUUAAGAAUGUUAUAAUGUAAUUUCAGAAUGGAAAGGUUACUGAGAUAUGUGGACGUUGUAUUCAAACAAUGUGUCAUCUAACUCCUAUGUGACAAUGUCUGGGUUGUUAGAUACCCUGUAGAUCUAACACAUGUACAAGAAUCUUUUUUUAAAUUGGAAUCUAACCCAAGUUUAAUGAUACGUUAACAGCAGCACCACUGUAGUUGGAAAUGUUAGGUGUAUUUUGUUACUAUAAGACCUGACUUGAAAAUAAUACAAGGCAAGCUUCCAACCAAAUGCGGGUAAAAUUUGGGCUAAUUGUUGAAGAUUAUGUACAUUCUUCCAGUGCAAUUUGGCAGCUAGUCAACCUAUCAGUCUUUUUUUUUUUGCACUGUGAGAAACUGAGAAAAACACCUUUUCUGUACUGUCUACUCUAUGACCAUCAGUUAAGCAAGACUGCAUGCACGAUACAGACACUCAUAGUGUUGAAUCCUGAUGAAUGACUCGCUAGAAGCGUCCCACUGUGUCACCUAGCCCUCCCUCUUUCACUGCACUCUUGCCCCUUUUCUCCCUCACUGACAAAACCAUUGUUGUCUUUACUCCGCAACUAAAAAGCCAACCGCUGUGCAGCACCUGGUACCUGUGCUUUCACACGGUCCUCUUAUUCUGACACAAACGAAACUGAAUUCUGAUAACAAUUACUGACUUCACUGAUUUGCCAAAUAUAUUGUUUACGUUUUUACAAUACUGUGUAAAGUAAUUUAUAUGAUAUUGCUUUUGUAUGUAGAGGGGACCACACAAUGUUUGAUUUUCCAUAGAUAUAGAAUUUAGUCUAGAUAAGGAUCACCUCCUUAAAUGCUGUGUACCAUGCUACUUUUGCAAAACAGUGUAGGCUUAGGCUACUUGUGUCAGUCUAAUCUAGUUAGGUAAGGACAGAGGAUAAUAGCUAUUCCUUUGUCAUCUUGCUUAUUGUAUUUUAUGUA